AUGAAAGCGUGGCGACAGACGCCAGACUCUGUCGUCGCGAAAAGCGUUUCGAUCUGUGGUUUUAGCGAUGACCCUACUUCGUGGCACAUUGCACGUCACGACGUGUACGGGACCAAGUUUCGAAUGGCUUGGGAACUGCGUAGUCACGACGGUGCCGAAGAUGACAGCGGAAGCUUUGACGACUGUGAAAGCUACGAGCACAUCAUGGAGACGCUGGACGACAUCGUCAUUGAGGAUUAA